AGUUAGUAGCUCAUCCUCGAGAUGUCUCCCAAGCUCGUUAUCAUUGCUGCCCUUGUGGCCGUGGCCCUCGCCCGCCCUGAUCAGCCCCCAGCCUAUGGCUAUGCCGCCCCUACACCUGCUCCUGCACCUGCCAAGUACGACUUCAACUACGCCGUCAAGGACGAAUAUUCUGGAAACGACUUCGGCCACCAGGAGGCUCGCGACGGCUAUGACACACAGGGAUCGUACUACGUUCAGCUUCCCGACGGUCGUCUGCAGAAGGUCACCUACACCGUCAACGGCGACUCUGGCUUCGUGGCCGAGGUCAGCUACGAGGGCGAGGCCCAGUACCCUGCCGAACAGCCUGCUUACAAGCCCGCCCCUUCAUAUGCUUAGAUGUGAAAUUCUAGUUCGACUUUCUAAAUAUUUAUAUUGAAAAUUCUCUGUAUAUUUGUAUAAUAAAGUUUGGAAUAAUGA